AUGGAGGAAUCGCGGGUCAGGGCAUCGGUGGAAAAAUACUUACUUAUGCACCCUGCUUAUGUUCGACAUUUGUACGAAACGGACGAGCAUCGACAUAUGGACCUGAGUGGUUUGAAAUGCGUGCUACGCCGGUUUUUCGAGCGCGGAUGCUUCAACAAUGGUUUUGUCGCCAGCAGGGAUUUUGCCAUUCUCAAUCGCAUGAUUUACAGACUGUCCGGGCCGUACCGAAGGCACAAGUUCUAUCAGUACGUGAAAUCGUUAGACAAAAUUCGACGCAAAAUCGAACAACUGCGGUGCUAUGAUGUAAGUUGA